AUCAGAGCCAAAGGGCUCAUAGGAUCCUCUCCUGUGUUUCCCAGACCAGGCAACUCUAGCUGAAAUGCAAGGUAAGACAUCUCUCUCAUAUCACUGCACUAAAUGUAUUUUUCCCUUUGCCCUCUUAUUGUAGGUGAAUGUGUAAUCAUCAUGUAACUUUACUUAGUGGAAAGAGCACACUUUGUAAAAGUUUAGAUGGAAUUUGGAGGUUUGGGAAAAGAUUAAGAGACAAGCUACAGAACAUUAUUUCAUAAACGUUGAUAUUGUUCAAGUGACUGGAGUUAUUUGCUAUGUAUUAGAGCUGAUAUUUUCAUUUUCCACUAAAAUCUACAUACUAGGGGAGAUUUAUUAAGGCCAAAUCAGGUUCUAUUCUGGAACAAAGUGCCAUAUAUGGUGCAAUCACCAUAGAAACCAAUAUAACAGAAACCAGAAAUAGCACCUGUUUUGGCUUUAAAACAGCCCCCCAUUAUGAUUCAUUUCUAACAGUGUAACAAGAUUAAAAAGCACAGAAUGAUGAUAAAUUAAUUGUCAGUGAUUUUAUUAAGCACAAGUAUUGCUAUCUGAAUAUUAUCCUUAAUGAACAGACUAAUAUAUUGCUAACCUAAAAAACAAAACAAAAAAACAUGUAUGUACACAUAAACACAAAUAUAAUGUCUUGGAUUUUACUUAAUAUACCUAGAUGUUGUUGAGUUAAAAAACAACAACACACAUAUGUAGGAAUGGUACGUGAGCAAUCAACUAAAGCAGUACAUCAAUGAGCUAAACAAAAAAAUACUGUAUAAAAUUUUUAAGGUGUAAAAAUAUAACCUAUAUUCUAAAAUAUAUUUAGAAAAAAAAAUAAGAACCCCUAAGUGUGAUAAGCAUAAUAUUAAACAAAUAAUAAAUAAAGAACAAAAUACAUUUUACACCCAACAACCUGAUAAAAAUAAAAAUCCUAGUCUCUAAAUGUUUGAUCUACACAAAGGAAAAUAAAAGAGACACAAAUUGCACAUUCUGAAUAAUUCUGAAAAAUGUAGGCAAAAUAAAUAAUAAAUAAUAAAUAAUUUUUUAAGUACAAGGGAUUAUAUUCCUGGGCCUAGAGAAAGUUAAAGAAUUUUCAGUUAAUGCAAUUGAAUAUAUCUCAGAGUAAAUACUGGAGUUUCAGACCUAUUAUGAAUUAUGCAUCUGUGUUGGUUUUUGCACGUAGGUUAAUGGCAAACUCAGACAGUUUACUACAUAUGGAAUUGACAGAAAAUUAGUCUUGCAAAUUUAUCAUACAAAUUUGGUGCUCAUAAAAGCAUAUUUUCUCAGAUCCUGUGAAAAUAAAACAUGUCCUAUCUAGUAAAUCGUGGAAUGAAAAACAAAAAAGCGAUGAAGUGAGCAUGAGAAAGAAAUUGAAAAUUCGGACUGAAAUAACAUACACUUUAAUUCCAUUUGGAAAUCAGGACAGAGAGCAAUAAAUUACAAUAUUAGAGCUCCGACCGCUCCCUACAAAUCAUUGCUGUAAAAACAAAACUCUACAGAUAAUACAAAUACAAGAAUGUGAAAGGCAGUGGCUGUUUUAUUUAAUGUCACAAAGAGCAAUUAAAAAAACUAUUUAUUAAUCUCAAUCGUUGUUUACAUUUUUAAUGGUAUAAUUGAUGAAAAUUUAAAUAUUUCUAAAAAUAAAUAAUUAAAUAAAAUAUUGGUGGGCUGAUUUAGUAUGACUUUUCAUUAUUCUUCAUUACUUCCAAUAUUUCAUACAAUAGGCAACGAAUACAAUAGUUUUCAACAUGUACCGCAUGUUCCAGACUGAUUGCAAUAGAGAUUAUGGAAAAAUAAUAGUUUCUUUGCAUGACUCCCUGUACAUGGUUUUGGCAAAAUAUGCAAAAAAAAUCUCCUUCACCAUAGCACACAUUCUUGUUCCCUUUUACAACACGGAAAGAGAGAUAAGCUUGGGAAUGUAUGUCACUGUACAUGUGAAAUAGCAAAGCAACACUGUUGCCUCUAUACUAUCUAGAAAAAAUGUGAACGAAUACUCAUUUAAGUGCAUGUAAUAUUUUAUUUUAGUUACUGCCAGAAUGUUUAUUCUUCAUUAUAAAGCUUGCAGGAGUCCAGUUGCCAACAGUUAUCCAAUGACUCCUGCAAAGGUAAACUCAGUAAAAACUGUAGCAGUUGUAUACCGGGACCCUCACUUGUUGAUAUUACAGUGGGAAGCUAUGUUUUUUUCUGACUCUCAACAUGCUAUUCAGCUACUAUAAAGUAGGCUGUUUUCGACCCACGUCACGCAUCACCACCUUUAUUAGAAACUAAUUGCAACUAUUGAGGCGCAUAAUUCACUAAACCACUGCUGUGUCAGAGUAUAUGGGCGAUACAAUACACAUCUGUUGCAAAACAAUGCUAGGAUCAGGAUUGCUCAGGAACCAGCGACUGUUCCUGGCACUCAGAGAAAUCUCAUACGUAAAGCAAACAUUGGGAAUUCAGCAAUGAAUGCCUUUUCUAUAUUUGCUUUGCUGUAUUUAAUUGCAAGCAAUAAAAGGGCAUCUAUUAAAUAGGGGACCUGGAGCUUCGCCCCAAGGUUGUAACCAAUGCUACAAUGUAAUUUAUAACAAAACCCAACUGGAAUUUAACAGUACAAACAUAUUUGGUGAGAAUUGGGUUGACAUUCUGUGAGCACUUCUUCAAAUGUAUCAACUCGGAUCUGAGUAUUCAUUGUUAAAAUUUUAUAUAUAUGUAUAUUUAUCAUUGACUUAAACUGCUCAAAGCUGAGCUAAAUUACAUAGUUACAUAGGCUAAAAAAAUACUUAGGUCCAUCAGGUUCCUGCCUCUCUCACAUCUGUUUUUGCUGUUGUUCCAAAAGAAUGCAGAAAAAAACCAAACUAUUUUGCAACAAACUAGAAAAAAUUAUUGACCCCCUGAGAUUAAAGCUAUUGAAGUUGGUGUACAUGUAAUAUUAAAAAACAACAACAACAAGCCUACAUGUAUUGGACAUUGCUAGUUAAGUGUUUCAGCACUUUGCAAAGCAAUGUUUAUUCCCUUGUUGAAAAAGGUGUAAUUCCCUAGCCUGUCAAAAUGGUGCAAUUGACAGUUGAGGGCACCAAAACCACUUCAACAUAUUUAAUUGUUAGUUAUUGUGUUUAAUAUCAAUGGGCACCAGUUGCCAUAUCGCUACUAAUUGGUUUUCCUACUAUUUGAUUAUAUAUUCCCUACCUGUUCUAUGUUAAAUUUUGUAUUUAUUGUGUAUUAAUAUUGUUUUUGUAUUUUAUUGUACCCUAAUGUAACAAUGCAAUGAUUUGUGGACCCAGGACAUACUUGAAAACAAGAGAAAUCUCAAUGUAUCUUUCCUGGUAAAAUAUUUUAUAAAUAAAUAAAUAUUUAGUAGAGAUUCUCAGCAAAGGGAGCCUGAAGCCCAGCCUUCAAAGAUAAAACGGUGGAGACGGAGUUAUACUUCUGACUUGUGCCAUACCAAUUCAUACCAGGGAUUGGAGCAGUGAUUGUCUGAGAAUGUUGAGUAAACAAUUUAGUAGUGAUGCAGAACUUGGAACCCCAUGGACUUCAGCCAUCCAUAAACAUUUAUAUCGGUUUUAUUUAUUUAUUUUAUUACCUGCAUUUAGAAAGCGCCAACAUACUCUGCAGCGCUGUACAAUUGGGAAAAAGACAAUACAAUAUAAAUAGACCAAUAAAAGAGGUAGAGGGGCCUACCUGUGAGUUUACAAUCUAAAGGAUUGACGUGUUUAUGGUGCCUACAGUGUUUCUUUAACAGAAGCCCUCAAGAGAGCCCUUGUAUGUUUUGAUACAAAAUAAAAAAAAGAAAACACGGGCUGGCAAAUUUUAGAGAAACAAGAAACUUGCUGCUCUGGCAUAAUAUUUCCAGUUAUGUUUUCAUUUUACCAUAGUUUACUAUGACGUGAGCAGACUCUCUAAAGUUAGCAGUAUGACGUGCACUGAUUCUGAAAUCUAUUAUUUUAGUCCACCCUAUACACAUAUAAUACACUUUUGUUUCUUUGUUUUGCUUGUUGUUGUUUUUUUAAAGCUUAUGCAUUGCAUUUUUAACCAUAUGUAAGUUUAGAACACAGUUUUUUUUUUAGUUUUUGAUCAAAGCUCAUUGAUUCUAUUCUGCUAUUUCAUUAUGUAUUAUCAUUAAAGUUAGAUCAUUUCUAUAAUCAGUGUUCUUAUGAAUCAUAGAAUCGUUAUCAUAUUACUCUUUGAAGUGUUGUAAAGUGUACUGAUGCACUAACCACAAAAUUAGCUUGAAUUUUUUUUUUUUUUUUAUUGAUAACUAUUCACACAAAGAAAAAGCACAAACACAUGUAGGGCCAAUGAUAAAGUCACAAUCUUGUCAUUUUAGCAUAUAUUAAUUUGAUAACAUAUGCCUUUUUUUCUGUUACUUUAUCUCUUAGAUUGUACCAAGCUACUACAGUGCAUGAGAACAUAAAACACGUGAUGAUAAGCAGAAAGCAAACAGAUUAGACAGUCAACAAUCAAUUAGAGUUAUCACUUGUGUAUUAACAGUGUAAAUAAGGUAAGGGAAACAAAAUAUGGGCAGUGCUAUUGCUUUUCUCUGAUCAUCUAUCGAAAACAGAGUGCCCCCACACUGUCAUACACAAGACUGACAACAGGUUUUGUGCCAUCAGCUGCCUGGUAACUAGCGGACAUUGACCCUAUGUACAGCACUUCUACAGACAUUCCACAGCUUUUAUUGAUUUAAAGGAAAACAACAGCUUAAAGGUAUGCAGAGGGGCUUUUACUUUUUUUUUGUAAUUUUUUUUUUUUUUUAAAUUCUUUAUUUUGUAGUGGAACAAAACAAAGAGACAUGCAAUGCCACAACAGCUGUUGCGAGCCUGUCGGUCAACAUUUGGCAUACAUUAACUCUGCACAUUUUAUAUUAUAUUGUAGAAUAAUCACAAGGUAAAUCAACAUGUUAGCUACGAGACAAGGCAGGUAUGGAACUGAGUCAGAUUAAACAUACUGACAUUUGUGUUUAAGAUUAUGUAGAAACAAGCUUAAGUGGGACAUUUCCUAUUUCUCGACUUAUAAAGAGACAAGGCUUGAGAUGUCUAGCAACUAUGAGCUUCAUCUUACUAGGAGACACCCCUCAGCGUCAGUUUUGGACUCUAUAAGGGUGUGGGCAUGAAAAUGCAUGAAGGCCGGCAAGGUUGUUGUGAGAUACCACUAGCAAAAACAGGAAAGCAAAAAAAGAAAAAACACAAUAUUCAUAAGGUAACAUCGAUCUCAUGCAAAAUGUAUAGCUAUGCUGCUCUCUGCUAGUAUGCUGCUCUCUGCACGAGUCCCAUAGUGUCUCCUUCCUUCAGAAGUCACAGCCCAGGCCUGUAUUGAUUAUAUCUUGUUGUAUUGAUUAUAAUGCCUGGAGUACCCCGCCACAGGCCCUUCAUUCAGUGUUAAACCAUUUUCAAGCAGUUUAACAGGGAGUAAAAGAUCCCUAGCCACCGACAGCCCCCCCCCUAGAGCGGAGGAAAGACUGAAGCAGAAACUACACACUUCCCUCUAGUGAUACCAAUUUCUACCAGCAAUGAGUGGUACAAUAGGCUAAAAGUGGUCAGCUGACAUUUUCAGCCAAUUACAGCUGUACAUUGCUUCUCAGGCUAAUGCUUCCACAUAACACAGUGAGGAUUGACUGCUGGCGACUCUUGUUUAGCAUUAAACCCUUAAAACAUUUUUUUAACAGGGGACUCCAUACACUAAAACCACUUCAGUUUGAUAAAGCAGUUACAGUGCCUACAGUGUCCCAUUAAGCAAAUAAAAAAAUAUAAGUGAGAAACUCAUUCCAUCUACAACAAUAGAGACUAUCCUUUAUGUUCACAAGCAAAUGCCUCCCUGGGUCAAUAAUCUACUUGUGUUUAAAUUGAUUGCUGUCACGGUACAUAUCCUGCUUUGCUAUAGAUUAUCCAUAGUUUUGUUUUAGUAGUGUUUGCUUUACCUGCAAAUAUGUAUUUUCCAUGUUAGGGAAUUCUAUGUAUUUGUACCUAUUGUUCCAUUCCAGAAGAUUACAUUUUCUAUAGAGCCCAGUUAGUACUCAUUAAAGGACCACUAUAGGCACCCAGACCACUUCAGCUUAAUGAAGUGGUCUGGGUGCCUGGUCCAGCUAGGGUUAACCCUUUUUUUUUUAUAAACAUAGCAGUUUCAAAGAAACUGCUAUGUUUAUAAAUAGGUUAGUCCAGUCUUUAAAGCCUCUAGUGGCUGUCUCAUUGACAGCCGCUAGAGGCGUUUGCGUGCAUCUCACUGUGAAAAUCACAGUGAGAAGACGCAAGUGUCCAUAGGAAAGCAUUAUGAAUGCUUUCGUAUGAGACUGGCUGAAUGCGCGCGCAGCUCCUGCCGCGCAUGCGCCUUCAGCCAUAGAGGCGGAGCCGGAGAGGAGGAGGAGAGCUCCCCGCCCGGCCCUGGAGAAAGAGGUAAGUUUAACCCCUUCCUCUCCCCAGAGCCCGGCGGGAGGGGGUCCCUGAUGGUGGGGGCACCCUCAGGGCAGUAUAGUGCCAGGAAAACGAGUAUGUUUUCCUGGCACUAUAGUGGUCCUUUAAGCUCUGGCCCAAAAUAUUGUGCUGGCUGGGUCCAAUUACAAAAUUGUUCCCCCUUGCAAAAACUCACUGCCUAAAGCCUAGUCUGCACAUGUAAUUAGCAUUACACACUUAUGGCUAAUGAGCCACACACACAUAUACACACAGGUAUAAUUAGCCAUAUAUUUAUAACUAUCUACCCAGAUCACUCACACAAACCUAAUAUGCAUGUCUCUAGUGUGAUUUUGUCUAAUGAGCUACUUAGUCAAACUCACACUGGAGACAUGUGUGUGUAUAUGUAUAUGUAUGUGAGAGAGAGAGAGAGAAACACACAUACAUACAUAUACACUAACACAUACCUUGACAAAAGAAGAAAGCUUUUUAACAGUAUGUAAAAAAAAAAGAUAUAUUUUGCAAUUCAUCUGUCAAAUCGCCACAACUUAUUUGAACUAACUAAUGAGUGAAAUAACCGUAUAUCUGUACACAAACUGCCUGUGUAGCAAGGCAUAUCAAAAUUUUAUAUAAUGCAAUCAUAUUACAUUCACUGUAGUACCUUGGUCUGUGUAUUUGGAGGGUUUUGGGUGUUUUUUUUCCUUCAUAUUUUUCUCAUAGUAAACAUGUACCUUUAUUUGACAUGUCAGCAAAUAAUUUAGUUUAAUAUGUUAUUUUUUUUAUCUUUAAAUCAUGCUAUUAGCCAAAAAGUGAAAUGUUAUCUCUUAAUAACCCUCUAAAACAACUUUCCCACUUACAAAUCUAUAAUAUCCUGGCUGUGAUCUUGUUCCCUUUUUAAGAACUCCAUGCACAAUAUAUGCCACUGGUUUUGGCACCAUGGGAGAAAAAUGUUUGAAGAUUAUUGAAGACAGUUUGGCUGUAGUUCAGCUGGCCUAGUUGCUUUACAGACUUAGUUGUUUGUUGCUUUUUAUAUGCAUACUUUAUUUUAUAAAUCCCUUCUUGGCACAGAAGGAAAGAUACUUAAAAUGUUUGCGCAGUACUUUUCCUAACAUUACCUUUUCCUUACUUUUCCCUUACCAGCCAACAAACAGAUUUCAUUAUUCCGACAUUUUGCUCCACAUUCUUAUUUGUGUACCUAUAAUACAAUUUUGAGUUUUUCUAGUUCACUUUGUCUGUGUGCAUUUAAAAAAAAUCUAAUUUAGAUUUUUUUAUUUUAUAAUUUAUUGUCUUAUUUGAAAGCAACAUGCUACCUUUCGAUGGACAUCAAUUUUAAUUGUUCCUCAAAAUAGGUUAGCGUUCAAACUAAAAUAAAUUGAUCCAGAUGAAAAUGGGUAGAACAUUUGCUUAAAGAUAGAGUACAAAGAGUUUGUCAUUAACAGCAAAUUUCAAGCUGGACAAAAGUGGUAAGUGGUGUCCCUCAGGGUUCUGUUCUGGAGCCACUUCUAUUUAACAUAUUUAUAAAUGAUCUUGAAAUAGACAUAGAAAUCCAUGUCUCAGUCAGAGGCAUAACUAAAAACCAUGGGGCCCCAGUGCGAAAAUUGCCCUGGGCUCCCACCCUGUAUGCCAAUUCCUGCCCCCCUUCAUCAAACCCCUGUCUACCCUGUCAUCAGACCCCUGCCCCCCUUCACCAAACCCCUGGUUACCCCUUCAGCAAACCCCUCGCCACCCCUUCAUCAAUCCCCUGCCCCCUCCAUCAAUCAUCUGCCCCCUUCAUCAACACCCUGUCCCCUUCAUCACCCCCCUGCUCCACUUCAUCAAUACCUUGUCCCCUUGAUUAAUACCCUGCCCCUUCAUGAAUACCCUGCCCCCUUCAUCAAACUCCUGCACCCUUUCACUAACACCCCUGCGCCCCUUCAACAAAACAAAAAAAUAUUUAAUAAAAAAAAAAAAGGAAGAACAAGCACUCAAAGGCCAGCCCUCGGUAAUGAAUGUUCAAGCAACUUACACCUUAAAUUGAUGUGAAUAAGGGAGAAAAACACACAAGAAAGAUUUAGGAAUUGGUAUAGGCAACACUAGGCAGCAAUGUCAACCAGCAGUUACUAACGCGCUUCAAAGUGUAUAUAUAUUUUGGUUUUUUUCAUGUUUUGGAUCAACAGCAAAACCAGAUGUGAGAAAGGCUGAACUUGAUGGACACAUGUCUCUUUUCAGCUCUGUAGCUAUAUGCAAUUGUAUUAUCUUCUAUUUAGCUAGUACUCUCCUUUACUUGAUUCUUUUGAUUUGUUUUCUCAUGCUAUAAGUCUCAUUGAUUAUAUUCUAUACAUUUAUUGUGAGACUUAUUAUGGCCCAUGUGUCCAAGUUAAAGAAAUUGACAGGAGCUGUUCAUAUUGGUAGGCAUCAAUAGGAACAAGACUAGUUUUCUUGUGCAUAGUGGCUUUAUAUGUAUAAAGAAAAGGGAUAAUGCUUUUGUACUAUUUUGAUUUUCUGAAUGUGUAACUCAUAUAUCACAUAGCAUUACACUAUAAUUCACAUAUUUCUUUAUCAUGUCUUUUGGGUGGUUGUGUUGUAUUCUGUAUACUUUACUCUUAUCUUACAGUCAUUUAUGUACUUUGGUUCGCAGCAAUGCUUAAACGAUUGUUUGCAAAAUUAAUUGUCUCAUUUAAUGCAAUGAAGCAUAUAUUUGUUACAGGAAAUUAAUCUCUAAUCUACUAAAUUAAAUGUCCACUCAUAAAAAUCACCCCACCAUAUUCCUAUGAUACCAAACAAGAUUUUUUCGCUUGAUUCUAGUCAUUACAGCUAGAAAGCUCUUUCUUUUUUUUAAUUUAUCUAUUUCUAACUAAAAACAUAAGACAAAGUUGCUUUCUCUUCAUUUUUCGUUUAGUUACUUUGGACUUCAAUUUAAAAUUCACUUUCAAUUCUCACCGUAGUGAAGUUUUCUUACACAAAUUUCAAACACUUCUCUUGGCUGGCUCUGUAGAUUGGGUUGGUGGCGCAGAUCUCUGAUGCAAUGAGUGUCCUCAAGGUUAUCAAUGUGGGCAGUUUAUGAAAUACAGAUUAACCCCUUAAGGACACAUGACAUGUGUAACAUGUCAUGAUUCCCUUUUAUUCCAGAGGUUUGGUCCUUAAGGGGUUAAAGGGACAUUAUAGUCACGCAAACAACUACAGCUUAUUGAAUUUGUUCUGGUGAGUAGAAUUCUUUUCAGAGAAAAUGCAGUUUUUACAUUACAGCCUAGUGAUAACUUCACUGGCCACUCCUCAGAUAGCUUUUAGAGAUCCUUCCUGGGUCAUGGCUGCCUAAAAUGCAUCCAAACAUUCAGUAUCUCCUCCCUCUGCAUGCAGACACUUAACUUUCCUUAUAGAGAUUUGUUGAUUCAAUUCAUCUCUAUGAGGAGAUGCUGAUUGGCCAGGGCUGUGUUUGAAUCAUGCUGGCUCUGCCCCUGAUCUGCCUCUUUGUCAGUCUCAGCCAAUCCUAUGGGGAAACAUUGUGAUUGGAUCAAGCCACCACUUCUGAUGAUGUCAGCAGACUGCUUGUUUUUCUGAGGCAAACAGCAUGCAGAUCUACACCUUCAGGCUUGAAUAUAGUAAGAUUUUGCUAUAUUUUUCGAGGCAUUAGGGGCCCAGGGGGGCUAGAUGGUAGUUUUAACACUAUAGGGUCAGGAAUACACAUUUGUGUUCCUGACCCUAUAGUGAUCCUUUAAGGAACAGCACACAUAUUAAAAUACAGUUUACAUUUUACAAGCCUGGUUAUACUAUAUGGUCAUAUCAUGCUAAGCCCACCACAUGGUGUUCUUAACUUGGCUUAAUACGAUAAUGCCAUAUGGUGGAACUAAAUCCCCAUAUUGUUUUUCUAAGAUAGGUGAUUUUAAGCAACUUUGUAAACUGCAAACUGCACGUUUUUGUGUGUGUGCGCACUGUUCCUUAAUCUGUACCACUGCUAAAAAAUGCAUGUUGGUGGUAUGCCCCCAAUUUCACUAUUUCUGUGACCGAUAUAUGGUCAGUUCCUUGACAAUGAGAAGAUCCUCACUACAUAAUUACAAUAGCAAGAUAAUCACUGAGAGCUGAACUCUCCUGAACUAUCAUUAUGGAACAUAUUCAUGCCAUCUUAAUUUAAUUUACUGUCUCUUUAUUAAAUGAUCCGAUGUUGUCCUUAAAUGCAUAAAUUCAUGGUAAUCGAAUAUCAUCUAAUGUACAUUUUCUAUUAUAUUUUUCAACAUUUAAUCAUUCCAUGUAAUUGGCAUAGGAGUCCAGACAUUAGGUGGGCGGAGUUGAUUUUUUACGGGCGGAUUAUUCUUAUUUACUAAACCUCGAGUUGUCCAGGACAGCAAAUUUAAAAUCUAUAAGGAUAGCUAGAAUAAUCUACAACAUUACUACAUAUUUUGCUUAAUACGUUCUUUACUGAACUUCUAUCACAUAUGGGAGUUAUAAGCCAUUUUCCCAAAUAUGAUCUUUAACUAAUUUAGUAGCUGACUCCCUAAUUUGAUAUUCUUAUAUAUGGCAAUCCCACAUAAAGAUACCAAAUUAAUGAGCUAUAUACUAAACGGCUUAAAGGUUUAAAUUAAAAAGGGCCUUUCCUUAAAGGGACACUAUAGACAGCCAGACAACUUCAGCUCAUUUAAGUGGUCUGGGUACAGAGAAACUGCAAUAUUUACAUUGCAGCACUAGAUGCACUUUUGUGAUUUUACCGGCCACUGGAGGCCCUUCUGGGAUUUUUCCGGACUUUAGGUAUCCUAAAUGAUGCUGGACGUCCUCACACUCUGCAUGAGGACAUCCAGCGUCAGUGAAAACCCAGUUAUGACCAGUAUAUAGCUGAGGUAAGGGUUACUGUAUUACCCAGAGAAAAUCAAAAUACUAACUUUUCCUAUUGUGCUGCUGACACCUCCCUCUGCAGCUCCAAGCAGGUAAAAUAAUCCAGAAAAAUUUAAAAAAUGAGGGCAGCGCAAACAAUUGCAAAUGUGCACACCAAGUGCUAGAAAAAGAUUUAUUUUUAAGGACAUAAGGUACAAACAUUUUGGGUUAUCUGCUUUAUCAAUGCAUGUCCCCUUUAUCUAUGCAUUUCUAAGAGCUCCAUUUUAUUGGUGUGUCUGUGUGUAUAAUAGAUCUCCAUAGCAAAAAAAACUCACAGUAAUGUGUCCAAAAUACAAUAAAUGUGUUUUCUAAUUAGUCUGUUUAAAUAAGAUACAAUGUUCUUGUUCUAAAUUACAUUUUAGUUGGCUGAACUGUUAUUAGUAAGACGCCUAACAUUUCUCAGAACAGCCACACCUGUGGCUGCACUCUGACUUACACCACUAAAUUUACAAUGCCCCUCUUUGACCAUUUCAAAUGUUGGGAUAUAUGUUUACUAUAAAAUUAACUCUCUGUUUUAAUUGGACAAACCAUGAUUAAAAUUUAUAAAUACACAAUCGCUUUGAUUUAGUUAUUCACAAACAAUUUUUUUUCUAAGAAUGAGCUUUUCCUAUAAUUAUAUUUAGAAGAAAAAAAAAAUUAAUUGCAGCAGCAAUUUGUAAAGUUAAUUUAUGAGCCCAAUGACAAUAAAGCAUCAAUGUGCAGGAACAAUGCUGGAGAAAAAUAACCUUUAAAGGCAAAACAAAUAUGUUUUACUGCUGUUUAUAAUGGGACAACUAAUCAUCUGACCUUGGCCUACACCACAGUACCACACGGUUCAUGUAUUCGAAAUUCCUUGCUUGACAGGGAAAUAACUUGAUGCAAUAACUUGACAAAAAAUAGAUGUCUCAUAACAAUUAUUAUAUGGAGCUUUUAUCUAAUGUUGAUUAUUUUCACACAGGACUCAUUCCUAAUGGAGACAUAGACAUUGGAGGAACAUUUUGGUGAAGAUAUUACUAGGAGGAGCUGCUGGUUGUGAUAGAGUGAGUGGAGGACCUAGAGUGAGUGGAGGACCUGCUGAUGGUAAUAAAGUGAUUGGAGGAAAACUGCAGGUGGUAAAAUAGCAAUUGGAAAAUCUGUUUGUGGUGGUAUAUUAGGUUAAAUAACUGCUAACCACUGAGACAUCACAGACCACAAUGAACGAGUCAUCACUUCAAGAAAAGCCUGCCGUGGCCCUCUAUUAUCGAAAUGCAAGUCAAACAUUUUUAAUGGCAUUCCAGAAUGAAUGUAAUCACAUCCCUGAUAUAACACCUUUCUUAGGAGCAUCCUAUAGUUUGGCCACCGUGCUGGGCCUGCUCGGUAAUGUCUCUCUGAUAUACGUCAUUUUCCACCAAAGAAAGAAGGCUAAUGUUACCCAAAUCCUUAUUGCCAACUUAGCAUUAUCUGACAUGCUAGUAUGUGCUUUCUGCUUGCCUAUUACUGCCGUUUACACCAUGAUGGACUAUUGGGUGUUUGGUUUAGGCUUGUGCAAAAUCACCAACUUUGUACAGUGUGCCUCUGUUACUGUGUCAGCUCUGCUCUUAGUACUUAUUGCCUUUGAGAGACACCAGCUCAUUCUUCAUCCCACAGGAUGGAAACCCACCAUCUAUCAGGCCUAUACAGCUGUUCUCCUUGUCUGGAUUUUGGCCUCACUUUUGACUGUGCCAUUUGUCUCAUCUUUUGUUUUGGAUACUGUUUUGCACAAAAACACAUCUCAAGUCUUGGACUAUUUAAGAGACAAGCCAUUAUGUAUGGAAAAGUGGACAUCACCACAGCAAAGAUUAGUUUACACAAUAGCUCUACAGCUUCUUCAGUAUAUUGUUCCACUCAGCUUUAUUUUGGGUUGUUAUGUCCGUAUCUCUGUCCAAUUACGGCGAAGGGGCGCUUUAUUCAAGAAAAAUGACCAUCACAUGAAAAGGAUCAAUCUCAUGUUAGCCUCCAUGGUUGGAGCAUUUGCCCUGUGCUGGCUGCCACUUCAUAUAUUUAACAACAUUGUUGAUUGGCACCAUGAAUUAAUCUCUGUGUGUUAUCACAACCUUAUAUUCGCUUUAUGCCAUUUACUUGCUAUGAUGUCUACAUGUGUCAACCCAGUCAUCUAUGGUGUACUAAACAGUAAUGUUAACCAGGAACUGAAGGUACUGUUUCAGAAAUGCACAGGGAGACAAAGGAAGAGAGUAGAGGCAUUGGACGAAUUGGAAAAGCACCCUUUAUCUAUCAUGCAGAGUGCUGCACUGCCAGGGUCCCUGAGUGUAAGUUAUAACAAGACUGGGUGUUGACAUUGAGGAGCACCAUUUCACAGAGUGUGAGAAAGUACAUGUUGGAUGAAUAGGAGGAAAUGGAAGACAGCAAUGUUCCAAUAUGUUAAUUAUGAGACUAAUGAGAGAAAUAUAGGAUUUCUUUGUUGCUCUACAUGUCCAGUCCAGGUCUCAAAAGAAGCACAGGAACAAAAAAGCACUUUCAAGGAAGAGGUAUCUGUCAUGCUGUUUGUAGCACGUUGUAUGGUUUAGAACAUUGUACUCAGAGGAAAAAGCCUACUGAACAUUUGCUUUUUUAGAGUGGGUUUUGUUCACCACCGUUUUAUUUCACUACUAACUUUUCAGUUCUUGAACAAAAGAAAACAAACAAACAAGCAAAAAAUUGUAGUGGACACAUGGUUCUUCAAAAAUUACCGUAUGCAUGUGAGAUAAACUGCAAGUGGACUUGAGUUACAUCAAUGUCCUGUCUCUUGACCAAAGAGGACCUGAAACACCGCAUUAGUCCUUAAUGUACCAUUAACAUUUUAUGCAGGGGGUUCCUUUCUUUUCCAGAGAUGUAUGAAACAAUACACCCUGAUCUUUUUAUAGUUCUGUAAUAAUAUGGGCCUAACACUUUGUUAUAUCAUAUUAUUAAAAUUACGACUUACUGCUGAUUGUAGGUACAACAGAAGAGAUACAUUUUCUUGUAAAAUAUACUAUCUAUGCCAUUGGAAUAAUAGAUGGUAAGGCUGACUUCGAGCACACAUAAUAUCUUAAAACUUGAUGGACACAUUAUGUAGACAUUUUGCAGACUUUCAAUUAAUAUCGCUAUUUAAUUUUGUAUUGCUUUUGGUAACAGCGCCUGGUCAAUAUUCAGUACUACAAUAACACCUUAUUAUACAUGACAGUGGGUGAUAUUUAAAUAGCUAUAUUCUAUGUAAUUCCUCAAAUGUUUACUAUACUUCUGUUUGAGUUUAUGCACAGUGUUUCUGUCUGUACAUUUUUAUGAUAUGAACCUGUUUUUUUAUACCUGUAUAAAUGGUUAUUCACAAAUUUAUUUUCAUGUUCUUGUAUUUGAAUAAUUAUGUUUCAGUUUGGACAGCAAACAAGUACAGUUUUUCACUGUGAUAGAAAAUUCUGCAGCAAAUCUGUGUUCUUGGCAGCAUGCAGUUUGUCUAUUUCUCGUGUCAUGUUGGCCGUUUACAAAAAAUUGAGAGUUGGUUUAUUGAGAAGUAACCUGCAAAAUGUAGAUUAGAAAUAGGCUAUCGUCCUUUUCCUUGUCUCUCUUUCUCUGUCAUAUGUCCCUUCUAUUUUCCUAAAUAUUCCACUUCCUCCUCUAUCUGAUAUGUUUUCAGUAUCUCGUUGAAAUUUCCAUAAACAUGUGAUAAAGAUAAUAGCAUGGCUCUGACAUCAGUAAUUAUGCCAUAGGACUACACUCAUAGCUUUCUUAAAGGGAACUCAAAGCACAAUAACCCUGAAGAGCCUUCCCUACAUUAUUGUUGCUUACAGCUGCAGUGAUUUCACUGCAACAGUGAGUUCACCCCUAUGACACAGGGAGAAGUUUUGGUCCUCAAAGGAAUGCUAUGGCAAUAACAUAGCUGUCUUUUACUGUCUCUCUUACAGAUAAAUGGGACAUAUAAAUCAAACAAGUCACAAAAGAAAAGGUAAGCAAAAUUUUGUAAAAUACUUAUACACAAACAUAGACAAAUAUAAAUUCCAAAAAGGAAAACCAUAAACAAUAUAGUGCAAAUAUUAUAUGUACUAAAAAAAUCCAAUAAACAGCAUCAUUCCACUUAAUGAUGGCUACUCACAAAAGUAGAGUGGAUACGCGCCACUCAGACUAUCAGACUUUGGGAGGAUAAGCCCCUUGAGCGUUUGGGUCCUGUAACAGGUAAAUCCAAAAUCAGGCAGGGCUGUAUUUGUCGCGAGGCUAGCAAGGCAUUUGCCUUGGGCAGCACUUUCCAGGGGGUGGCAAAAAAUGCCGCCCCCAAAUGCCCAGGCAAAUGGCUUAUAAGCCUCGUUUUAGAGGCCUUUGGGCCCCCCUGGGGCAGGCAGCGAGGGAGCUUUGGUCUGUGAGCGCUCCCUGCUCAGCUCCCUCGCGCCCUCCAGUAAUGCCGGCAGGAGGGCACGCAAAGCAGGAAGUGAGGGAGCUAAACUCUCCCUGCUCAGAUUACUCUGUGGCGCGCGAGGGAGCUGAGCAGGGAGAGCUCAGCUCCCUUACUUCUGCUUUGCGCGUCAACCCACCUGCCUGGCUGCCCGUCUUCCUGCCUGCCCAGCACCCUUAACAGCCUGGCCACCAGCCAACCCAGCAGCCACACUGGACCCCAGGUAAAAAAAAAAAUCCACCAGCUCUCCCAAAAGUGGGGAGGCUGGGUGGAUUUAAAUUAAAAAAAUAAUAAUCUGUAAAUGUGUGGGGGAAAGUGUGUGUGUCUGUCUUGUCUGUCAGUCUGUGUGUGUGUGUGUGUGUCUGUCUGUGAGUGUGUGUCUGUCAGUGAAUGUGGGUGUGUCUGUCAGUGUGUGUCUGUGAGUGUGUGUGCCUCUGUCAGUGGAUGUGGGUAUGUCUGUCAGUGUGUGUGUGUCUUUGAAUUAGUGUGUUUGUCUGUCAGUGAAUGUGUAUAUGCCUGUCAGUGUGCUCUGUGAGUGAGUGUGUUUGUGUGUCUGUCAGUCAAGUGAUUGUGUGUGUUUGUCAGAUUGUGUCAAAUCAGUGAGUGUGAGUGUGUGUGUGUGUGUAUGUCGGUGUAUUUGAUAGUAUGUGCCUGUCUGUGAGUGGGUGUGUGUCUGUCAGUCAAAGUGUGUGUUAGUCUUUAAGAAGAAGAACUGUGGCUUUGAUAGGCAGGGGUGAGACAAAUUUAUAUUAGGGGGUGCCCGAGUUCCGUCAUGCUUAGGGCAGCACGGAUCCAAGAUACAACACUGAAAUCAGGACAAGGAUGGAGAUGACUGACAGCUAUCCAGAGAUAUCAAUUAUAUUUAUUAAAUUAUAUAAAAUUUAAAAGCAUCGGCGCUGGAGUACUGUAUCAAUCUGAGAAGGUCUUGUGUACAUACUGUUAAACAGUUGUAGUUACUUUCCUGGUACAAAGCAUUCAACAUGUAACCUGAGCCUUCUCUCCUUCAACAUGCUUCAGUUUCAACUUCUCACCCGCUUCAGGAUUCUUGACGUCACACAACGCAUUUUGUCCCCCGCCCAAGGGGGAUUUGACAAAUGUGAAAGUCCAUCCUCUAACAUCUCUUUAUAAAUACACUGGCAAACUUAUAGUAUUAUAACCCUCAAAAAUUGGGCCAAUGUAACAGAAAAAAGAAAAAAAAUUAUAUAAUUCAUUAUUGAUGUCUACACAUUUAAUCUAAAAAUCAAGUUUCAAUUAAUGCAAUUGGUAUUCAUAUAGAGACAAGGAAAUAUAAUUAUGUACAUCAAUAAAUAAUAGGAUAUCCCUUCCAAAUGACUAAAUAAAACAUAGAUCGUAAACAGUGGCGUACACAUGACCCAUGGGGCCCCUGGGGUCCAGUGGUGCUGGUGGGCUCCUGGGCGGGUGGUCGGUCGGGCAGGCGGGCGUGCGAGGGAGCACUCAGUGCUUCCUCUUCAGCUCCCUCGCGCGCCGCGUAGGGAUGCCGGCGCUGGAAGAUGACGUCAUCUUCCGGCUCCGGUAUCAGUGCGGUGCGCGAGGUAGCUGAAGAGGAAGCACUGAGUGCUCUCUCGCGUGCCCGCAUGCCCGACCGGCCACCCGCCUGCCGGGUGACAGCAGGGCCAGCCUCGGGGGGCCCUGAGGUGGUCGGCUCCUGGGCCCCCCAGGGGAAGAGGCUGGCCCUGUGGGUACAUACCGGGUCGCAUGGGCGGCCGGGCCCCCUGGUGGGCCGGGCCCGGUCGCAGCCGCAACCCCUGCGACCCUGGUAUGUACGCCAUUGAUCGUAAAACCAAGUAAAUAAGAAAGCACUAUUCUAAUACUGUCCAACACUAAAAACGAUAACUUUUAAUUCCCAAGAACAGGGCUACAUUGUCUGCAAUGUUAAAUGGAUCUCCUAAAGGGAUUCAUAUCUUUUUAAAAUAUUUAAAAUAUUAAAUAAAACCAUCCUAUGUAUUGUACAUAAGGAAACAAUUAUAUAAAGCAGGGAGUUAAAGCUCUACAUCUCUGAACAGUGAAUAAAAAAAAUGCAAAUAUAGUUUAUAAAAUAAGUAGCAUAAUGCAGGAAAAAAAUAUAAAAAGAUUUUUUUUAGUACAUACAAUAUUGCACUUUAUUUUUAUGUUUUUCUUUUUAAAAAUGUACAUUUGGCUAUGUGGUAAUUCACAAAUUUUAUAAGUAUUUCACAAAUUUGUUUUGCACACUUUUUCUUUUGUGAUUUGUUUGAUGUGUUAAUUUAGGAAAUUAACCUGUUUUGGUACUGCAUGGGAUGUGAUUUAUCAAUCUGAAAUUUGUUUAAAAUAGGUUUUAGUGUAUAAAUAUUGCUUGCAUUGUUUAGAGCACUUUGUAUUACAUAUCACAUAAUUUUUGUGCCAUACAUUGACCUUAUCUUUUGAUUACUUUUGGACAUACUUUAUGUCUGCACUGUACUUGUUAUUCUGACUUAAUAAAGACCUGCACAGUUGUCUUGUGAGCCCGAACCUUGUUGACACAGUAAAAACUUCCAAAUGGGCACAAAGGAAGCAUGACUUCUGACCACUUACUUCCCUUUUUAAAAUACCCUUCAAAAACAUGCUUGUGACUCUGCAUAUAUGUGGGGGGAAAGGGGUAAGAGGCUUAAGAGAUACAAAAGGGGUAAGAUGCUUAAGAGAUGUUAACCUAUAUAUAUAUAUAUAUAUAUAUAUAUAUAUAUAUAUAUAUAUAUAGUGUAGACUGGAUUAGCCAUAUUAGCCCAGUAGACAAGAUGCCAAAAUACCAGAGUAUUGCAAUAUGCAGUGAUAACUUUUUUACUGGACUAACAUAAUAUUUCAAAGACAAGCUUUCAAGAGUUUUCCUCUGUUCUUCAGUUCUGAAGCAAUAUUGAUCAAUUGAUUAACACUUAAAACAACUGAUGUUAGAGAAGGGGAUGGAGAGGUGGUGAGUGGGGUGUCACAUAUAUGGGUUAACAAGGGUUAUGAGACACACAAGAGAUAAGGGGUGUGGGCGAUAAGUGUUGAGAUACACACAAGGUGGAAAGGGGUAUUAGGUGAAACACAUAAGAUCAGGAGAUUCACACAAAGUGAUUUUGGGGGUGAGAAGCGACAUAGAAAAGUUAACAAUUUCCAGGGGGCAGGGGGUUACCAACAUACAUGUCUGGGGGGGUACAGGGGGUAUGCCAACAUACAUGUCAGUCUAGGUACCAAGUGAUCUUGGUACACCUAUUCCCAGCUCGGUAGAAUAAAUGAUGAAUCAGCUCAAAAUCACGGGAUACUUUUUUGGACAUGGGAUCCAGACUAAGGAGAUGAUAUGUCAUUGGUCAGUAACACCGGCCAGGGAGACAGGCACAAUUGAAGUAUAGAGUGUUUGGUCCUAACAGGGAUCCAACACUUCUCUUCCUGAAGCACCCCCCAUGCCUGGAUGCAUGCCUUGAUGCAAUGAGGUCACCACACCUGGGCUGUGAGACCUUUAGAAACCUUGCAAUAAAGUGACCAGAGACUCAACUGACACCGAAUCUGCCAGCACAGGAACAGGGUACACAUUGGGAUUAGGAAACAAGAAUCAUUCUGUGUGUUUUUCACUGGGAUAUACAUUACCAGAAAAAUGGGACUUCUAGGCUGCCUUAGGCAUUGUCUUACCAGCGCUCAACAUCCCGAAGUCCAGGUAAGGUCCACAACAAAGUAACCAUAUAGGCUAGUACCAUGGCUACCAACUGUGGCAGAACUCAUGUUUCUACUCAUGUGUUUGGAGGGAGGCCUGUACUGGAAAGUUGUAUCUGUUAUGGUCUCUGGAAUAUUAUAUACAUUUGUUACAGAGACACCCAAAGACAUUUUUUAUCUCCCACCCUUCUCCAUAAUCCUUAUUUUUUAUGCCUGUGUACCUAUUCCCAUAAGGGUGGAAAAGCAUAUUUCUAACUUAUUUCACAAUACAGAGCUAUUUCAUUUAGAGCUUUAGUGACUAUCAGAGUGAAGAGUCUGGCAACGUUUUCAAUUACAGGGUCAAAGCUAGAAGGACAGGGCACCCAGCCCAUGGCUACAAAUUGGUACAACUAAAAAGACAAAGGUACAAUACAUCUAAGAGACAAUACACAAUUUGACAAACAAAUACAGGAAGACUUGAGGGCCUAUUUUGGUGGGAACUUAUUAUUUAGAUCAAGGGUAGGCAACCCACAAGUUAUAGACUACAGCUCCCAUAAUGCUUUUACAGCCACAAUUCUGGCAAAGAAUCAGGGUUGAUGUACUCCACAACAUCUGAAGGAGUGCUGAAGGUUGCGUAUCCCUGAUCUAGAUGGAUAGGGGGAGAAACAGGAGCCGUAGACUGCAAAGGUGAGAAUGACGUUAAUACAGAGUGAGAUGAGGGUAUUGAUUGGGUAAAUUGAAUGCAUAAACCUACAAUAAGUUCUUUUGUCAGUAGAGUAAGAAACAGACAUAUUGGGGUUUAUUCACUGAAUAUUGUGAAGAAUUGACAAGGGAGUUGCAAAUUUUAGGUCAAAUUAGCGAGCUUUAAAAAAUUAUUUGUCCGUGUUAGCCAAUAUAUGUCAAGAUAUGCAGUUCUCUCGUUAAUUAUAAAACACAUUGUUUUCAUUUGGAUUUUAAAUUGUGUGCUGUACUGCAGAACGUACAAAAUGCAAAGCUCUGUUUAUAUAGUAGUUUAACUUUCUAAAUAUAACUUAAUGAAAGUAUUUAUCUCUAGGGUCUAGAUCCUGGGAACAGUCUCAUUGGAUUAAGCCUGACUUGUCCCAGCAAUUUUCAUGUUUCCAUCCUGCCAAAGGAAGCUUAUGGCAUUCCAAAUGGAGUCAAUUAUAUACAACUGUGAGUCAUACAAUGCAUACUGUCAACAUUGUUUGUUUAUGAGACCCUCUUGAUGGCAGAUGUGCUGCUGUGUGGGAAUCAUAAAUAUAUACAAUAACGGACAAUCAGCCAGGGAUUGUUAAAAAUAUAUAUGUGACAAGAUUAAGAUGUAUGAUCUUUCAGAUUGUCACUUUGACCACAAAGAAAAGAAUAUAAACUUUGAAGGAAUUUGAUAAUGUAAAGGCAAAUUCACAAAAAUAAAGAACCAUAUGAUUUAAGAAGAGUGAGGUGAGGUAAGAAUGAAACAGAUGCAACAACAUCAGUGAUGGAUAUAUUCAGGGAAGGACAAUGAAGCAGGCUUGGAGAAUGCAGGCCACAGCUAGAGCAGAGAUCGGUACUUAGAAACGCACAUGUUGCACUGGCCACUGACAAUAGGACUAAUCUUAGGAUAACGCCGGAUACUUAAUGACUUCAGGUAGUCUUGAGGGGUAGAUGGGUCCAAAUCUCAUGUGGUUGCCUAAGUUCAGGAUUACAGUGUUAAAAGAUAUUUGUUAAAAAUAAAUAAAUAACUAAAUAAAUACAUAUAUUUUCAGAUGAUUAUUGUGCAUCAUUAUUCCCCGGUUGUAUUUUUGUUAAUAUAAUAUUGUAAAAUUUUU